UAUUGUCUGAAAAUACGUCUCACACAUUUACAAGAUCAGCAAAAUCAACACAAGCUGAGAGUUACACACAGAAGUUUUAACCCUUCACCCUUCAUGAGGACACCAACCUGUAAAUGUAACGUGAAAGUCCUUAAACCAGACUAAGAGUCCCUUUAAGACCCUGUUUCUAUGACUUUGUGAUUCGCCCUUCAGACAGAGUUCCACGCCGCACUCAGAGAACCUGUUUGUCUCACGUGUUUCCUCUCUCUGGUUUUUUAAUAGACUCGUUGAAUGAGUCUGUUUUUGGAUCUCUAAUGAGGGACGUGAUUAACCUCCUGAUAAUUACCCCUCCUCCUCCUCUGCCUCCUCAGGACAAUCAUGAUGUCGCCAGACGGCCCGGCCCUCGAGGACCUGCUUUAUGGUGGUGACCUUGGUGAUGAGGCAAAGGGGGAGGAGCUAAAUCACGUCCCUGGGGUGUCAGAGGAAGGAGCUGCUGCAGAGGAUACUCCGGCAGCCGUGUCCUUCCACGAGCCGGUUACGUGUGCCGGCUGUGGCGAGCAGGUGUGCGACCGUUUCUUCCUGCUGGCGGUGGGCCAGGUGUGGCACGGCGCCUGCCUACGGUGCAGCCAGUGUCACUGCGAGCUCCAGGCGCACCCCUCGCUUUACUGGAGGGACGGGAACAUCUACUGCCAACAGGACUACUGCAGGCUGUUUGGAAGCGGUCAGUGCACACGCUGCUUACAGCCGAUCCCCGCCUCAGCGCUGGUCAUGAGGUCCGGGGAGCUGACCUUUCACCCUCACUGCUUCUCCUGUCAGGAGUGUGAUGUAAAACUGAUACCAGGGAACCUGUACUGCGUGCAGGGCCAGAGCCUGUACUGCCAGUCUCACUACCAUGAAGACAGGAGUGUCUCGCUGUCCCACGAUCUCCAGCCGGAACAAAACCCGACAGAAGCAGCUCAAAAUCCUGCCUCAGGCGAAGGGGAGGAGUCUGUCAGCAGCCCUGAGCCACGAUUGGACGACGUCGGAGCAGGUGGGAGGCACCGCAGGCGGACAAAGAGAAUCAGGACUUGUUUCCGCAGCGAGCAGCUCAGAGCGCUGGAGAUGUAUUUCGCCCAGAAACACAACCCGGAUGGGAAAGACUGGACCUGCCUCGCACACAAAACCGGUCUGCCCAAGAGAGUCCUGCAGGUGUGGUUUCAAAACGCUCGGGCCAAACUGAGGCGCUCCCUCACCGCUGACGACUCACAGGUGAACUCCCUUUCCGCUCCAUCGAGCGGUUCCUCCAUGGCGGCAGGGUCCCCGCCCCUGACCUGCUCCCCGACCGACCAGUCCCAGCCUUUCCCCGGCAGCACCAUCGACCACCUGCAGCUCUCCCUGCUGACCGCUCCGCUCAGCGACCAGCCUGCGAGUCCGGUGACAAACCGGCAACAUGAGCUGCUACAGAACGCCGACUUCUUCCUGGACUACGACUCCCAGAAUGCACCGGGGUGCGUCUCUUCUCUGGAGGCCUACGAGGACUUUGGAGAGGCCAUAGGAGCAGUUGAUGGAAAAGAUGAUCCUGAUAGUUCUUUUAGACCACAUUACUGCUAGUCUAGAGUCCGAUCAUUUCAUGACAUAGAUUUUCAAAAUAAGAGAAAGUUUAAAACUGUUCUCUUUAGUUCCUCAGGGUUUAUGUUCCUCCUGGAGUGACAGUGAAGCUAGCGACUAGCUAUAAGCGAUGUCUUAGUUCGUUAAAUUCCUCAGAGUAACGCCCUUCAUCUGUUCCUGGUGAGUCCCAGUUUCACGGUAUAAAGUACGUCACAUGGAGUCUUUCUUUCAGCGGUAUGAACCAGGAGAAAAACUAGUACUUGAGGGGGUUUUGCUUGUAAUUAAGAGGUCUUAAGUUUGCUGAAAUAACAUCAUGAAGCAGAUUUGUAAAAAGUAAAAAGUCAAGUGUUGUCUUUUAAAUGUUUGUUUGUCGCUCAGGUUGAAUUUUAACUGCACUUUCAUGCAGAACAAAAAAAUAAACUGAACCAGGACUGCUCAUAAGAACCAGUAUGUCGGGACAGUGGAGUGUGUUUUGCCUGCUUUUGCUCUCCUCACAGUCUUGCACACACUAAAGCCUGCUGAUGCAUUGCUGGUUAAAACUACAAAGAGACUACAGACAAACCUGAGCACUUCCUGUACCAGAGCCCUCGAGUACAGACUCUACAUGUUCUAAUCUAUAAAUAGAGAUUAGGUUUGCAUCAGCUGCUGACUCAAAAUGAAACCACCAAACAGUCUGAUCUUGUCACUGUAACUAGAACACUUUCGGUUUAGAGCUGGGCUGAAUUGUUGUACUCUAUUUGAACAGGAAGUAGAUGCUGAGAUCACGUGUCUUACCUCAGUUUCCUCUCUUUGAAUAAACCAUCGACUGUUUCCAC